UCUGCUGCUCAUGGCAUCCUUCUAAAACCCUAAACCCCAAUACGUUCUCCUGACAAAAUAUCUUUCUUCGCCCUAACCUUAACAUUAGCAAGGAUGCCAUACGCUCUCAGACUACGCAACUUCCGUCAUCUCUCUACAUCGGCCGCCGCCGCUGCCACUGUCACCCCUCCGUCUUCUAUCUCCAUUUCCAAUGCGAAAUCCAGACUCAGGUCCGAGUACGAUCCUGACAAGGCUCUCGAAAUAUAUACUUCCGUUUCCAAACACUACUCUUCCCCACUUGCCUCUCGCUAUGCCCAGGAAUUCACCGUUCGCCGUCUCGCCAAGGCAAGGCGCUUCUCCGAUGUCGAAUCUCUUAUUGAGUCCCAAAAAUCCGAUCCCAAAAUUACUGAGGAACCCUUCCUCUGCACCCUCAUCCGUUCAUAUGGUAUCGCCGGUAUGUUCGAUCAAGCCCUCAAUACUUUCAGUCAAAUGGACUCUCUAGGUACUCCAAGAACCGCUCUUUCUUUCAAUGCUUUACUAUCUGCAUGUAAUCAAUCAAGGCUAUAUGAUAAAGUUCCGAACAUGUUUGUUGAAAUUCCUGAGAAGUACGGAUUGUCACCUGAUAAGAUUUCUUAUGGGAUCUUGGUUAAGUCAUUCUGUGAAGCUGGUGCACCCGAGAAGGCAAUUGAGACUUUAAAUGUUAUGGAGGAGAAGAACGUGGAAGUGACUGCUGUAACUUUCACUACUAUAUUGGAUAAUCUGUAUAACAAGGGAAAGAGUGAGGAGGCGGAGAAGUUAUGGAGUGAGAGGGUGAAGAAGGGUUGUGAGCUGGAUGUGGCAGCGCAUAAUGUGAGGAUCAUGAAUGCUCAGUCUGGAGAUCCGGAGAAGGUGAAGGAAUUGUUUGAGGAGCUGAUUAAUGCUGGAUUGAAACCAGAUACAAUUAGUUACAAUUACUUGAUGACUAGUUAUUGUAAGAGUGGAAUGAUGGAUAAAGCAGAGAGUGUCUAUGAGAAAUUGGAGGAGAAUGGUUGUAAACCCAAUGCAGUAACUUUUAGGACCUUGAUAAGUUUUCAUUGUAGGAAUGAGGAUUAUGAGGCUGGGUACAAAAUUUUCAAGGUGAGUGUCAAGAGGAGUAAGAUUCCAGAUUUUACUACAAUGAAGAUUCUGGUCGAGGGCUUGGUGAAGGUGAAGAAAAUGAAGGCGGCGAAAGGAUUGACCAGAACAAUAAAGAAGAAGUUUCCUCAUAAUUUAUUGAAGUCAUGGAGCAAAGUUGAGCAGGAGCUUGGUUUGGCUUCUGCUGACACUGCCUCUGCUUCUGCUGACACUGCCUCUACUUCUGCAGAGGAACAAGAGGAUGCAGCAUAAGUAUCGGCGAAAAUAGCAAUGGGCAGUGACUCCACGGAAUAUUGAGCUUGAUGAAACUCAUGGAUCGCUAUUUGCUUUUGCUACUGAUCAAAGUAUUGCUGUGGAGCAUUAGUGCAUUUCCAUUCUAAUAGUUCCUCUAAAUGUUUAAGUUUUAGUUUCUGGUAGCUUGUAUGAAGCAUGGUGCUUAAGUAUCUUUUUGGGCUUCAAUGGAUGUGUAUAAGCUACAAUUAUUUUGAUUUAUCAACUGUUUGUCAGAUCCCCUAGUUGAUUUGAAGCGUAGUUGUAUUUGCAUUAUCAUGUCGAGUGGUCUUUUGGUAAUGAACUUUUCAGUGCAUUUUUGUUC